ACCCUUCAUCCUGCUGACCUCCUGAAGGACAGGAACCAUGGUUUCCAAACGUGUCUUCAUGCGCCUGGGCUCCAUCUAUUUAUCCCUCCUCUUCGUCUUUUUGCUCAUGGAUGUCUACGCCCGGCCCGCCAACAGCUCCGUCCUCAAAGAGAAAACGGCUGACAACAAAGACGAUAACGAGAUCCUCCCUCCGGACCACCUGAACGGAGUCAAGAUGGAGCUGGAUGGACAUCUCAACAAAGAGUUCCACCAGGAGGUUUUCCUGGGGAAAGAGAUGGAGGAGUUUGAGGAAGAUUCGGAGCGGAGGAACCGAAAGAAGCUGGUGGUUGAUUUUCUCAAGGUUGAUCACCGGGACAAAAAAAUCAGCGCCAAAGAGAUGCAGCGCUGGAUCAUGGAGAAGACCGAGGAGCACUUCCAGGAAGCCGUGGAAGAAAACAAGAUGCACUUCCGGGCCGUGGACCCUGACGGCGAUGGCCACGUGUCCUGGGAUGAAUAUAAAAUCAAGUUCCUGGCAAGCAAAGGCAUGAACGAGAAGGAGGUGGCGGACAAGAUUAAGAACAACGAAGAGCUGAAGAUCGACGAAGAAACCCAGGAAGUCCUCGAUAAUUUGAAAGACCGCUGGUAUCAAGCUGACAACCCCCCGGCUGAUCUGUUGCUGAACGAGGAAGAAUUGUCUUUCCUUCAUCCGGAGCACAGCAGAGGGAUGCUGAAAUUCAUGGUCAAGGAAAUUGUCCGGGAUUUGGAUCAGGAUGGCGAUAAGAAGCUGACCCUUUCGGAGUUCAUCUCCUUGCCGGUUGGCACGGUUGAAAAUCAGCAAGCCCAGGAUGUGGACGACGAUUGGGUGAAAGACCGAAAGAAAGAGUUCGAAGACGUCAUUGACGCCGACCGUAACGGCAUCGUUACCAUGGAAGAGUUGGAGGAGUACAUGGAUCCCAUGAACGAGUACAACGCCUUGAAUGAAGCCAAGCAGAUGAUCGCUGUGGCGGAUGAGAACCAAAAUCACCACCUGGAGCUGGAAGAGAUCUUAAAAUACAGUGAGUACUUCACCGGCAGCAAGCUGAUGGAUUACGCCCGGAACGUCCACGAGGAAUUCUGAAGGCACGUUUGGAGACCUCGGGCGCCCGUCGUCGCGCCGCCUCGUUUUCCCCAAACAUGACAUGCGUUUCCUUUUGCGCUGGGCCUGUGUUCUGUGCAUUAUACCGUGUGGUGGUGUCCUGGACUAUUUUCCGUUCAAAAGUCCCUCCGUGUACAUUAAAAAGCCAAAUGUGUUUUUUCUGAACUCACCGGGAGAGAAUCCGGACACAGUGUUGAUUGACGGUGCCACAAACGAACAGCGUGAAGAUCCGAUGAUCCGGAAACACCACAGGGGGCAACCUGAUCCUCGAUCACCGGGGGAGGGAGGGAGGAAGGGGAUAUGUUAAUUUUACAUCAAGUGAAAUCAUGGUGCGAUUGUGUAAGCUCUUGUGAUUGCUUCGAAAGAAUGUUCUGGAAAACACUGAUUCACUGGAAACUGC